GCUGUGUGUAGAGAAUUGUGCUCAUGUGACGACCUGUCGUCUACUUUGUUGGUUGUCUGAUCUGUCAGCCAAAAAGUUUAAUUAUAAAUUAAAAGAUUAAUAUUAUUUUUCGAAAAAUGGGAGCUUUAGCCGCACCUGUAUUAAUUUUCACAUUAUUUUGGGGGGCAAUUGGAAUUGGGUUACCUAUUUUUGUUCCAAAGGGACCCAAUCGUGGAAUCUUACAAGUGAUCUUAAUGCUAACUGCUUUCACAUGUUGGUUAUUCUGGUUAUGUUGUUACAUGGCGCAGAUGAAUCCUUUAAUUGGACCAAAAAUAAAAAAUACGACACUUUUACUGAUGGCAACAGAAUGGAAUGACUACACUCCCAAAUAAGAUGAUUAUCUUCGUGUAUAUAUGUAAUUGUAAAUAAAUAAAGUUAAUAAAUAUUGCCAAAUACUGCAUUGUUAAAAUGAGAAGAGGCAAGUAUUGGAUAAUAUACAAUUUUAAUCACUUGUAACUCAAGUUUUGAAAUGUAUUGUUAAUUCGAUUUGAAAAUCAUCAAUAUAAAGUAUAAAAAUUAACUUUCAGAUUUAUUUCAUCAUGUUCUUCUUAACAGAGUUCAAUUACUCGUGUUUUUAUAUUUAAUUUAAAAAUUGUACUGUCUUAUUUUUACUUAUAAAUGCUUAUAAUUAUGUAGUUUGUCAAAAGUGUUUUAAUAUAGUAUUAUGUUUAUCAAAUGUGUAAUAUUAUAAGUACGUAAAUAAAUACAUUCCUCUGAA